AUGUCAUUCAGGUUUAACGAAGAGGUCUUCGGCGACAACUCGUUCAACGAACGAAUACAGGAGAAACUUUCUACAGCGUUGAACUCGCCAUCAAAGAAGAAGCUGGAUAUUUUGAAAAGCGGGAUAACGGUGCAGAAGGUGAACUUCCCCACAACACCACAGCUCGAGAUUCUCGACCUGGACAUCAUUACGCAGCCCCGGUCACUGGCCAAGGGAAUCUGCAAAAUCUCAUGCAAAGACGCAAUGUUGCAGAUACAGACGGUUAUAGAGUCGAAUCUUUUGCUCAUCAACGAGCAGGACACUCCCAGCUUUACCACGCCGCGGCUGAUCAACAAUGGGUCGUUCACAAUCCCUAUAACGAUGACGUUCAGCGCCAUCGAACUGGAGGCCAUCACGAAUAUUUUUGUCAAGAACCCUGGCAUCGGGAUCUCGUUCAACGAUGUGGACCUGGAUUUCAAGUUUGACUGCUCGAUCAAAAUUCUGCAAAGUACUAUAGAGAGAAGGCUUAAGGAGUCCAUGCACGUGGUGUUCAAGGACGUCCUGCCCUCCUUGAUCUUUAAUACGUCGCAGAAUUGGUUCACCAGUCACGGCGAGGGGACCAACACCGUCCCCAGUAAGAAGGACCACCAUCACCAGCAGACCACGAUGUCGAGGCGCGUGAUCUUGGACGGGUCGGAUUUCCAAGAGCUCUCUCCAAUAAACAUGCUACGUCUUUCUAGCAUUGUUUCGUCACGGUCUACUCUGUCGCUGCAUUCCACGGUGAUGAAUUCUCUUUCUGCCAUACCCGGGUGUCUGGAAAGACAAAACUUGUACCGCUUCAUAUCAAGGAUGCCAUCACUAAACAACUACUACUCUUCGCCAUCGUCGUCAUCGCCCCAGGCAUCGAAUGUGUCGCCCAAACAGUUGGUGAAGCCGUUUUACUGUGCCCACAAUCUACUACCCAAGACCGUUCUAGAUUCUGGCAAGUAUGACUUGCCCACGAUAACAAAGAUCCAGUCCCGACUUUUUGACCGGAGCAACAGCAACGACGACAACACCAAACCAAGAAGAAGAAAGAUCAAGUGCAAGAAGACGCGGUCGCCYCCAAACCCACAACCAUUGACACAAGAAGACCGAGAUGUCGGCGACAGUACGGCCACCAUCGAAACAGUAACCCCCACUCCAGCUUCAACGCCGGUACCCGUGGUUGCAGAACAAGUUCCGCCAUACUUUAAAACCACAGUAUCGAUAAGGGAUAAGUAUGUCAUACCAGAAAAGAUAUCGCUGAGUUCCGACACCAAAAAAGAACCAUGUAAGAAGAAGAAGCCAUUUUACUUCGUAGGGUUGAAUUCGCAAGAUUCGCGAAAUAACUCGAAAUGGGGCAUGGAGGAAAGUCCCCCGCCAUAUGAUUAA